AUGACUCUCAUGGGCCUUGUACACACUUAUCAGGGCCUCGUGAUCGCACGUGUUUUCCUCGGGGUUGCCGAAUGCGGGUUUUUCCCCGCAGCAGUUUACCUGCUCACAAUCUGGUACAAGCGAUACGAGGUGAUGCAGCGCAUGGCCAUCUUCUAUGCAGCUACAUCCCUGUCUGGCGCCUUUUCGGGCCUUCUUGCAUAUAGCAUUCAGUUUAUGGAAGGCAUCGCUGGUCGUCAUGGUUGGCAAUGGAUCUUUAUUCUUGAAGGGCUUAUACCUGUCAGCUUAUCCGCCAUUUUAUAUUUCAUUCUGCCAGAUAGUCCCAGGACUGCAACAUUCCUUUCCAAGCAUGAGAAGGAAUUUCUCGUCAACCGAAUAGCUCUGGAGACAGGUUCCGGCUUCGGUUGUGUGACGAACGAAGACCGACCAUCAUUUCAGCAAGUGAAGGCAGCUUUUAAGGAAUGGAAGAUCUGGGCUGCAGUCGUAUGCUUCUGGGCGAGCUCCAUUGGUAUAUAUGGGUUCACUGCCACAGUACCUUCUAUUGUCCAAGACCUCGGCUACACGUCCGCCAAUGCUCAAUUAAUGACGAUACCCAUUUAUCUCUUCGCUGUAGUUUGUAUCCUUGUUGUCGCCUAUCUGUCCGAACGAUACCGGCAACGUACUCCUUUUAUUAUCUUAGGAUUCUCCAUCGCCAGCGUCGGUUUGAUCGGCAUGCUUGUUACUCGUCGUUAUGCUAGGAUCGCUGGUGCUUCUUACUUCUUUCUAUUCCUCGUUGCUGCGGGUUUCUAUAGCCCCUUCAUUUGUAUUGUUUGCCUGAUCGCGAACAACCUAGCUCCGUCAUCCAAGCGUGCUGUCGGUAUAGCGCUGCUCAUUUCUGUUGGUAAUGGAGGAGGUAUUUGUGGUUCCAAUAUUUUCAUUGCCACACAAGCGCCAACAUACACCACUGGCUUUGGAACCUGCUUAGGGACUUGUGUCUGCGCCAUCAUUAUGGCAUAUAUCUUAAGAGUGGCAUUCAAGGGAGAGAACAAAAAGCGUGACAUCUUUAUGGAAGGGAAGACGAUCACAGAGGUUAAAGCAAUGUUUGCAGAGCAAGAAUUGCUGGACCUAGGUGACAAGAGUCCCUUUUUCAGGUAUACAUUGUGA